CAUGCUUCCCAGGACGCGAGUACAAAACGAGAAUGCGCUGCCCGAUGACCGCGCUCGGUCAAAGGCCAAGCCCUCGAAGCUCUCCGCGAGCACGACAUCAGCACGGCGCCGCCCACUAAGCGAGAACGCGCAGGGCUCCGUCUCGGCCCCACCGACCCAGAAGCCCAGCAAGCCUCUGCGCCAGCGCAGUGCGCUCGCCCCGCUCGACAACGUCCCGCAAGCUCCCAAGACGGAAGGCAAGGCCUCCAGCAGCGACUCCAGCUCCACCCGUCCCAACGUCGCGCGUCUCCCGCGCCUCAAGGCGCCGACAAGCUCAACACGCGAGCUGCGCGCCAUGCCUCAGCGGCGGCCUGGCUCACCCCACACCCCGCCGCGCCAGGUCGCACCAAAGACGCCGACGGAGCAAGUGGGGCGCGCGGGCGCUGUGCGCGCAGCACUUCUUAACAAGCGGCGGCCGAUUGUUGUGCCAGACCCGCCACCCAAGCGGCCGCGCGUGCAACGCAGCAUCAGCGUGAGGGCGGACGAACUCUCGGCAGGGCGGAGCGCAGUUGACCGCGGUUACGAGCCUUCACCAAAGCGCAGUGCAAAGGGAGACGCGAUGGUGCGCAGCGUGUUUCCCAGCACCACAUUUGAGGAGCCCGAAGGAUUUGACUUCACCUCGCUACCUCCGCUCGAUGAGCCGCCAUCACCCCCUUGCGCGUUCGGAGGCGAUGACUUCAAGUUCGACUUGGUGUAGGGCGUGGGCGUUUACCGUUGUAUCGUUGACAUCUGUUAGGAAACAUGAAGAUUGGAGCAAGGGGGAUGAGAGUGAGAUCAGUUCCCCAACGCGAGCGUCCACCCUGCCACACGGUCACCGUCAUCAUCAUCGCAUCACUUUGCGCUAUUGCUAGGUUUGCACUGUCCAUCCAGCAAGCUGGCGCAGCUAGGCGCUGGUGUCCGGCGGUGGCCUAGACCUCCUCACGCUUGACUUCCUCACGCUUAACUUCCUCACGCUUGACU